AUGACAAGCGCGUCGGCUAAUGACGCGCUGGGCGACACACUGGCUGCGCUCGACGCCGUCAUUGCCGAUGCACAGCAGCAAGAACAGCAACUCAGCGAUGCCAACCCCACCAGCGCAGGUAAAAAACGGCACCGCGGCGGUGAAGUGUUUGCGGCCAUGGCAGAGCCCCACUUCCACACCCUCCGCACGCUACUUGUCACGUACGGCGUGCAGCUGAUGCCGUCACUCGAUGCGAUGAUGCGGCGUGUGCUGCUGAUGAUUUCAUCCCCCGCAUUGGCGAGCAGCGCCUGUUGGGAGUUGGCUGCGCUGCUUGGGACGUAUUUCAAGGCGGGCGCGGCGCGUCUUCUUGAGGAGCUGAUGGAGCUACUGCUGAACGAUCCCAGUCCGUUCCUGCUCGGUGCGCCCUUCGUCACUGCGGCGGGGACUGAGGGUGAGGACGGCGGUGGUGCAGGAAACGAGGAGGAGGCGGCGGUGGUGCGGAAUUUGCGCGCCUUUGAGGAGCUGCUGCUCGCUGUGGGGCCGUGCAUGGGCAGUGCGACGAUGCAGCGGGCGGCGCUGCGAUUUGCGCAGGAGGUCGUGACGGCCGGCAUGCUCGACGUGCCGCCGCCAUGCGUCGCGGGCGGGAUGGACGGCGGCAACAGCGAGGCCCUGCAGCAGACAGAGAACGCCACGGAUGCCGCGGUGUUUGUCGUCGAGGCGGCGCUUCAGCCCCUCUGCGUCGACAUCCUGACAGCGUUCCUGCUGCUGUGCCGCCCGCUGCCGAGUGUUGUGGCGGCGUGUGCGGUGCGGGCGGCAAAGGAGNUCCUGACAGCGUUCCUGCUGCUGUGCCGCCCGCUGCCGAGUGUUGUGGCGGCGUGUGCGGUGCGGGCGGCAAAGGAGUUUCCUGCAGAGCGACUGACCACGCCCCGGGGCCGUCGUGACCGCCAGCAACUACUCCGCGCUGUUGCACGGCUCUCCGUGACGUUGACGGCGCUGCGCCACCCACACGCGGUGCCGUUCUAUUUGCCGCCGGUCGACGUUGUGGAGAAGGCGACACGGCGGGUCGCAGGAAGCCUGGCGGCUGAUACUAGCGCUGCAGUUGAUGAGUCCCCUGUCGUUGAGCAGCGGCAGCAGCAACAACAACAACAACAACAACAACUCAAGGAGAAACGUGAACAUCCUGCCUCCCCCAUCUUUACACAUUCCCUCCCUCCUCUUCCUCAGCAACGACAACAACAACAACAACAACCCACUUCAGAUGGUGCGGUGAGCAAGCAGAAGCCGCAGUCACCUGCGCACACCAAAGCGAACGACACGCAUGACAGGGUUGCAGUGCCACCACAGCAACAGCAACGAAAACUAAGGCUUGAGCCGGUGAAGCCGCAGCCUUUGGCUGGGUCUGAUGAUGAUGAUGAGGAUGACCUCCCCGAUAUUGACAUGGAGGAUUAA